CACCGACGCACAUGCCAUCACAAUCACACUAAAAGCGUCACCAGACUACCUGUGGGGGGCAUCCAUCCUGCUCUCAGUGGGCGGCAACACCAUCAGGAUGGCAGGACUCCAACUGGGUAAUCUCUUCCCUCAACGCCGCAACACUGCCAUGGCCAUCAUCAGCGGCAUCUUCACCCCCUCUGCUGGGCUCUUUAUGGUGCUUCAGUCGAUGUUUGAAAAGGGAUUGAAGUGGGAGGACGUGUGUAUGGGAUGCUCCGCCGUCACCUUCCUCAUCAUCCUCUUCACACCGUUGUUUCCUCGUCACCACGUCCCUUAUGGUGACGUAUCAGAGACAACAGAAACAGAAAAUACUGAAAAGAAGAGAGACGAGAAGCCAGGAGGACCCCUCAGCAGCAGUAUAAUUUCCGUGUCCUCAUUUUUGUAUCUUUUCUGGCUGUUCAACAACCUUUUCGCAGUCGUUCUCUUCGGUACUUACUUCAACUCCUGGAUCAACAAGUUCUCGAAAACUGAAGAAGAAGCGGGUUUCUACUCUCGACUGUUCGGCUACGCUAACUUGCUGUGUGCCCUGGUCACUCCUCUCCCAGGCCUCAUGGUCGACUGUAUCUCCUCUGUGCUCAAGCGAGGUUUCCAGCGGAGCACUUCAACCGCAUCAUCGGGAUACAGGGGACGGUGAUAGCAGUGUUGACGAUGUUACAGUACCCACACUUCACCUUUGCCCAGUCACAUUACAACCUGGCCAUGGGUGUGAUGGUGGGAGUACUGAUGCUUACACUCGCUCAACCUCUUCAUCUGCUCAACAAGUCCUACCUGGCCCGGGCACUGACACCUACCUCCAGAUCACCUGAAUCUAGUUCACUUAUGUAAAUACAGUAUAUCAAAGAAGAAUUCAUGAUUUCACAUCAAAAGAAAAUUUAUAAAAAUAAAAUUUGUAUCUUUUGUUUCUAUUCUAUAAAAAUAUUAAGUAUAUCAUCAAUUACUGUUAAUAAAGAUAUGGUGUUUUAUUCAUCAACUUAUAUAAUAAAUGGUUUGAACUUU